UUUAAUUAUAACUCUGAUAAAUCUAAAUCAACAGGUGGUGGAUUCGCCGUAAGUUCAAGUUACCCAAUUCCUACCAUACCCACCACCUUAACUAACCCUUCAACUACAGAUGGGCAGUGCAUCCCCCUCGUUCCCCCUAACACCCACAACCACCCAAGGACUCCUCCAACACACCUCUUCCUCCGGGUUCACCCGCGUCUUCGCCUCCGAAUAUCGCCUCUCCUCCGGCCCCCCUCUCCCCCCAAAGAACCCCUUCCCAGCAUGCUUAUUAGACGCCCUCGCUGGGUACUUCUACCUAGUCAAUACCCUUAAAUACCUCCCAGAGAAUGUUAUUUUGGUGGGGGAUUCGGCGGGAGGACUGUUGGUGUAUCAGCUUGUUCAGUAUUGUGUUACCUAUCGUGGUCGUGGAGGUGGAGGUGGAGGUGAAGCCGAAGGAACGACCCCCUUCCCAAUCCCACGCGGCCUCCUCCUCUUAUCGCCCUCCGUCGACUGUCUCCUCCGUCCUCUACCAGGGACAAGUAUGAUCACGAACAGACGAUCCGAUUAUCUCGUUGCGUGGUUUGAUAAACGCUAUGGUGUAUCUGCCUUGAUGGGUAAAGGGCUUGUAGAAGUGGAUUUGGAUCAUUCGUGGUUCUCUCCUGGGUCCAUGAGUGAUCGCGACCGCGACGAGGAGGAAGAAUUGAAGAGUAUACUCAGGCAAUUCCCAAAAACGAUGAUCGUUACUGGAGAAGCUGAGAUGACGAGGGAUUGUAACCGGGUAUUGAAGGACCGGAUGGAAAGGGAGAUGGGGGGAGGGUGGGUGGUGUACGUGGAAGUGGAGGACGCGCCACAUGAUAUUCUGACUUCGACGGUGUGAGAACCGGAAAGGACGGUUGCGUUGGAGAGGAUUGGGAGGUGGGUUGGGGAGUUGUGAUGUCCGAGUCCUUUUUUUUUGUUGAAUUGAGCGCACCGUGGGCCUUGCUGGAGUCCUGGG